AUGCUCGGAGUACAGCCCCGCCCGUCCCGCUCGGCCGCCGCGGGCCACGCCCAAGAGGUCGGCGCACAGGGGCGGGGCUGGGGAGGGGCCGAGGGCCCGGAGCCCGCGUGGGGCGAGGAGCGCGGCGACCCCGAGGCUGUCCCCGGGCUGGACUCUGAGGCCCCCGCGCAGCCCGCAGCCGCCCGGGACGCCGGCACCGAGGGCGCGGCCCGGACUGACCCCCGGGACGAGAAGCUCGCGCUGUACCUGGCGGAGGUGGAGCGGCAGGACAAGUACCUGCGGCAGCGGGGCAAGUACCGCUUUCACAUUAUCCCCGACGGCAACUGCCUGUACCGCGCCGUAAGCAAGGCCGUGUAUGGCGACCAGAGCCUGCACCGCGAGCUGCGGGAGCGCACGGUGCACCACAUCGCCGACCACCUGGACCACUUCAGCCCGCUCAUCGAGGGCGACGUAGGCGAGUUUAUCAUCGCGGCGGCCCAGGACGGCGCGUGGGCCGGGUAUCCGGAGUUGCUGGCCAUGGGGCAGAUGCUGAAUGUGAAUAUCCACUUAACUACCGGAGGGCGGCUGGAGAGCCCCACCGUGGCCACCAUGGUUCACUACCUGGGCCCCGAGGAUUCGCGGAGGCCCAGUAUUUGGCUCAGUUGGCUCAGCAAUGGACACUAUGAUGCGCUGUUUGACCACUCGUACCCCAACCCGGAGUAUGACAGCUGGUGCAAGCAGACGCAGGUGCAGAGGAAGCGGGAUGAGGAGCUCGCCAAAUCAAUGGCCAUCUCCCUAUCCAAAAUGUACAUAGAACAGAAUGCAUGCUCCUGAGAUGCUUGCAAGCCCGGGAAGUGGCCAGAGUCGCGUCGGGGUGGGGGGAGGAUUCCAGAACUCUAAUCAGGGUAAUUGCGCUUUGAAAGUUGUGGCAUACUUACUCCAGGUGGGAUGCCUUAAUCAGAUUCUGAAUGUUCUCAAAGCCGGGCACCUGGUGAAGUUUCCUGACAGCUUUGGGUGAGCCUACUGCUACGUGUCAUUUGCUGUAUAAAGUGAGCACUACUUAAUUUGCAAGCUGAUGUCUCACGGUAUGAAUUUGUUCAUUCCCGGUAGUCUAUUUUCUAUCAGAAUGUAUUUUUGCACAUUUUUAAAACUUGGUGUACUUUGAGCUAUGAUGUGUUCCAUUUUAAGAAACGGCUUUUAAGCAUAAAUCCUGAGAUGUACUUUAUAUGAAAUUUAUGUUGAACAGUUUGUGAUUCAGUAGUUAUUUUGUCGAAAUACGUUUAACAGUUACUAUUCCGAUCGGAUGUUGACACAUUCAUGUUUCCAGAUGAUUGGCCCAUUCCAUUUUAAUGCCACCAGCGGAUUUGUUGUUCGGGGAAAUGUGAUUUUUCUAGAAAUGGUCAGUCUUCGGAGAGAAAUAUUCAGGGAGGGAGAACUGUGGAGUGAUUUUUGUGUUUUUUUAAGGACAGUACCACAUCUCUUGACUACAAGAAUGCUGUUUGCUGAUGGCAGGAUGACGACUUUGCUCUGGCUGAGGCUGAGCAGAGUGUCCGGUGCUCUUGUUCUAGUUUGUCUAUCUCUUAUGAAGAAAUUUAACAUGGUGAGAAAUCUUGUGACAAGUCCAACCUCCUGCCUUGUACAGCUUGGAUUCAACUCAGACUUAAAAAGCAACAGCGUAAAUUCCUGGACCCAACACUUUGAUAGUUAUUUUCUAGCAGGGGGUACUGUCUGAAUAGUUUGUUCUUUUCAAAUUCUUUCAAAAGGUAAAAUAGAAUUACCCUGUAUUAUGUAAAAAUGUAAACAGCUUGUAUGGUUUGCUGGGUCAAACAGUAUUUCCAUCCUAAAAAUCUGUUGCCACUUUAACUACCUUUAGUCAUAUUUAUUUAGUAAAGCAGUUUGUACUUUUUUAUUUUGUAACAUUUUGUGAUUUUUUUUUGUACAAAAAUGUGUUUGUACAAUAGAGCAGUUCUCAGCCGAUGAAAUGAAUGAAUAAAAUGUAUGCUUUUACAUCUU